GGGCGUACGCAGAGGGGGUUCGAGGGGGUUCGGACGAACCCCCUCUAGGCGCUAGGUAAUGGCGGAAUUCGAAUUAGGCAAUGCCGCAUGAGCGCAACUACACAGCACCAUUACAUAUGGGGACAGCAGAAGACACAACGAGACUCCCGAUUUUGGAUACAUUGAAAUUAUCUGUAAAAAAUAAUAUAAAUCUAUAAAGUAGUACAGCACUUAACUUUUCGGCGCGCCUAUUACUGGAUCUACAAGGCCGAGAUGAAGUUUAUGUAACUCAUGCGCUUGCACGGUGUUGAUUACGGUUCUCCGAGGACAAGCUAAAAUGGCGCAUCAACAGAGCAUUGCAGCGUUCUUCCGUGCGGCUCAUAAAAGGCCAUCAAGCGAAGCUGGUCGACUCGAUGCGGGCGGUGAGCAACAUAAUGAUCGUGAGGACUGCCAGCCACCGAACCGACGGCCACGGCUUUGCUCUGUGUUGACUGAGGAAAGCAACAGCCACCCGACGUCAAAUCUAGACACUCAGGUCCAAGACACGGUGAGGGAGAAUGCCACGACGUGCACGGAUUUCGUUGGUCGCCCAUUUGACGUAGGUCUCACUAUCAAGAUUGGAAUGUCAGUCAAAGAAGUGUCCACAGCCGUUUCAGCGCUUUCCGGAGGUGAGAAGUACAAAUUACUCUUUAGGCAUACUUCGCCGCCUACCGUACUGCCUUCUACUCGUUCGUAUGGCUGUAACCGCAAGUUUAACACGGAUUGGCUUACUAAAUACUCGUGGCUAGUCUACAGCCCAGCCAAUGAUGCUGUGUAUUGUGCACCAUGCGCUCUGUUGUGUUCAGAGAAGACUCGUGCUGACAAAGGCCUCUUUGUAAACGUGCCUUUUCGCAACUGGGUGAAGCUGAGCGAGUCGCUGGCAGCUCAUGCAAAACACACGUAUCAUGCUCACUGCAUGGACGAAGCAGAUACAUUCAGAGCAGUUGUAGAUAACCCUGAUUCUAGACUUGAUGUUAUGGUACGCACGGUACUGCAAGAUCGCUUGACCACAAAUAAGCAUAUUUUGCAACAGAUAGUUCGUGCCAUACUGUAUUUGACGAAACAAGGAUUAGCACUGCGUGGACACCGAGAAGGGAUUUCAUCCAGCAGUAAUCCUGGAAAUUUCUUGGCAUUGCUUAAGAACCAAGCUGCUAAUGAUGCAGUCUUGAAGAAGCACCUGGAACAGCCCUUGGCACGGAAUGGUACAUACCUGUCACCAAGGUCACAGAAUGAUAUAAUGGGUAUUAUCGGUUUUGACAUUAUUCGCGCAAAAAUUGUUGAGGAAGUGAAAGAGGCCAAGUUUUAUGCUGUGUUGGCAGAUGAAAUUUCCAGUCACAAUGUGGAACACUUGGCUGUUUGCCUGAGGUUUGUAGAUGCGUCUGGUGAGAUACGAGAAGAAUUUGUUUCAUUCGUAAAAAUGGUACGAGUUCGUGCUGUUGAUAUUGAACAGGCUAUCACUGGACUUCUGACAAACCUUGGUCUUUCACUUGAGGAUCUCCGUGGACAGGGUUAUGAUGGAGCGUCAACAAUGAGUGGAGAGAAGUCAGGUGUUCAGAGAAGAAUUCUAGACAAGCAGCCAAAGGCAGUAUACACUCACUGUUCCGGUCAUUCCCUCAACCUUGUAAUAGCACAAGCCUGUGCAGAGCCAUGCGUCCGAAAUUGUAUUUCUGUCAUCAAGGCCAUCACUCUUUGGAUUAGAGCAUCACCAAAGAGGGAAGGUCUACUAAAGCAAGUAUGUGAAAGGCAACAGCAAGCUGGAGCAGCACAUGGCUCUCCUCUGCUUAAUGUUUGUAUAACCAGAUGGGUGGAGAAUAUUGAUGGGUGGCAGCGCUUCAUGCAGUGUCAUCCAUACCUAGUAGAGCUGUGCGAAGUAAUAAUUUAUGGGAGUAGACACUACGCCAUGUUUAGUGACGGAUUCUCUGCUGAUGACAAGAAGGAUGCGGUUGCGCAUUUAAAGUCCUUGGAAUCCUUCUCUUUUAUUUAUGCAAUGGUUGUUUUGCACCGUACGCUCUCGUACGUUCGAGAACCCAUUAAAAGGUUGCAGGGAGUUUCUCAAGAUCUCUACUCUGGCUUGAUGAUGAUAGAAGAUUGUCAGAAAGAGCUUCUUAGCAUACGUUUCAACGCAGAUGAACUGACUGCAUUUUCAGACAGAAUUUACAACCACAGUUGCUGCCUUGCUGCUAAGUCUGAUAUUGCUCCAGUUGUGCCCAGAACUUGCCAACGGCAGCAGCAUCGUUCUAAUUAUCAAUGCUCUGAUCCCAAGCAGUACUUUAAAGUUACAGUUCUCCUGCCCUUUUUAGAUCAUUUGCUUGCAGACUUGAAAGCCCGAUUUGCAAAGCAUGUGCAGAAAGUUGCUAGACUACAAUCACUCCUGCCGUCUUCUAUCAGUGAAACAUCAUCUUUUCAGGACAUUGAAGAGGCUGUAAUAUUCUACAGUGCUGACUUGCCGAACCCUGACAUUGUUGAUGAGGAAUUUGUUCGUUGGAAGAGAAAAUGGCUCAACAUUCCUCCGCAGUCUCGUUCCCAAUCUCUGAAAGACUGCCUGGCUCCUGGUGUCUGCACAAUGCCAAACCUGCGUGUCCUUAUGCAGCUUUUUGCAACACUGCCUCUGAGCACUUGUUCCUGUGAGCGAUCCGGUUCUGCUCUGCGACGGCUCAACACCUACCUGCGCAGCACUCAGAGUGAAGACCGUCUUGCUGCUGCAGCUCUCAUCCACGUCAACUACGCUACACCUGUUGAUAUUAACCACGUCUGCAAACUGUUUAUGCAGAAACAUCCACGUAGAAUUGAAGCACCUAGUAUGCUGUUUGAUAACUCUUGAUGUUGAGCAAGUUAUUUGCUUUCUAAUAGUUUCAUUUACCCAAGUAACAGCUAGUCUCACAGCACGUAUUGCUAAGAUUAAAGAAGGUCAUGGUGUGUUUGACUGCCAAAAAUAGAACAGUUGUAAUCAAGUUGUGAACCCCCCUUGGAUAAUUCCUGCGUACGCCCCUGAAG